AUGCCGAACCAGGCACUAGAAGCCGAUCACAACCCCGCCUCUGCCGCUGAACCUCUGCCUGCACAUCUCAACCCAGCCAAUUACCCACAAACCAAACACUUUCCGGACUCCAACAUCUACCUAGAAUUAACAUACGAUGCCCUCAACUCGUCCAAGAACCUAGCACAAAUCCGUUCUCCGCAUGCUGGAGCAAACGUCCUCUUCCUCGGCACCACAAGAUCAACGUUCGACGACCGCCCCGUUGCCCGCCUCACAUACACAAGCUAUGCGUCCCUUGCACUGCGAACAUUGGAAAAGAUCGCGCGUGACGCCGUCUCGAAAUACCAGCUGUUUGGGAUAAGUAUCUCUCAUCGACUAGGCGAGGUGGCUGUUGCUGAGGAGUCAAUUGCCAUUGCGGUGAGCGCUGGACAUAGACGUGCGGCAUGGAGGGCUGGGGAGGAGGUGUUGGAGCAGUGUAAGGAGAAAGCGGAGAUAUGGAAACGGGAAGAGUUUGUCGGGGCCAGGGAAGGGGAGGGCGAGUGGAGGGCAAACCGGGAUACGGAUGGACAGGGCAAUCCGGCAAGUGGGCCGUGA